UUUUGACACGGGUCAAGAACCCAACGUGGAGGAGAGGAUGUGGGUAUGCUGACAUCUGCAAGCCAGAGGUUUAACUGGAAGACGACCGCAGUCGGGCGGACAAACGACGGCUUUAGCAACCUCGAAGAAACUCCGAGACAUGUAACGUAUUGCGAAGAAACUCAUGUCCUUUAGGGCGCCCAAAGCUCAGCCAGUCAAGGUGCCUCCCAGCGGCUCUCCGCCAUGAGGGUGCGUUUCUCUCGAAAACUGGGCACCCUGGCCAAAGCAGGCUUCUUAAUCUGGAUUCUCUGGCUGGGCUACCUUGUGUUAGCACGCUCUUCUUUCCCUUCGUAUUCCUCUGCAGAGGAGGAUGAGGAGGAACGGGAUCAACAUGUGAGACAGGUCGCCCUAGAGGAUAGCGGCGCUGAUGGGCAACUGUCGAGGCCCCUCUACGCCAAGGCAUCUCCGGACAGCAGUGCCUAUGGAGAGUGGGGUCGGAGCACUAAACUCAACCUCAGUCCUGAAGAAAAGAAAAUGGAACAGGACAGCGUGGAGCGCUACGCCAUCAACAUCUACGUCAGUGACAAGAUUUCCCUUCAUCGGCACAUCCAGGACCACAGGAUGAGUGAAUGCCGAAGUAAGAAGUUUGACUACCGGCGUUUACCCACCACCUCUGUGAUCAUCGCCUUCUACAACGAGGCCUGGUCCACGCUGCUGAGGACGAUUCACAGCGUCCUGGAGACGGUGCCUGCCCUGCUUUUGAAAGACAUCGUCCUCAUUGAUGACUACAGUGACAGAGGUUACUUGAAGUCAAAACUUGCUGAAUAUGUCAGUAAUCUGGAGCGAGUGCGGCUAAUCCGUACCAGGAAGAGGGAAGGUCUGGUGCGGGCGCGUCUUAUUGGUGCAAACUUUGCUACGGGGGAAGUACUGACCUUCCUAGAUUGCCACUGUGAGUGUGUCCCUGGCUGGAUUGAGCCUCUACUGGAAAGGAUUGGUGAGAAUGAGAGCACCAUUGUGUGCCCUGUGAUCGACACCAUAGACUGGAACACCUUCGAGUUUUAUAUGCAAACGGACGAGCCGAUGAUUGGAGGCUUCGACUGGAGGCUAACCUUUCAGUGGCACUCAGUCCCUGAAGUAGAACGCAAGAGGCGCAAGUCUCGCAUCGACCCCAUCAGGUCUCCGACAAUGGCAGGUGGCUUAUUUGCCGUGAGCAAGAAGUACUUUGAGUUCCUGGGCACGUAUGACACAGGGAUGGAGGUGUGGGGAGGAGAAAACCUUGAGCUCUCCUUCAGGGUGUGGCAGUGUGGGGGAAGCCUGGAGAUUCACCCCUGCUCUCAUGUGGGCCAUGUGUUCCCUAAAAAGGCCCCCUACGCCCGACCCAACUUCCUGCAGAACACCGUCCGAGCUGCAGAGGUUUGGAUGGACUCUUAUAAACAACACUUCUACAACAGGAAUCCCCCCGCCAGGAAGGAGACCUAUGGGGAUAUUUCAGAGCGGCUACUGCUGAGGAAGAGACUGAAAUGCAACAGUUUUGAUUGGUAUCUGAAGAACAUCUACCCUGACCUCCAUGUACCUGAGGACAGGGGGGGCUGGCAUGGUGCUGUUCGCAGCUCAGGGUUCCACUCAGAGUGUCUGGACUACAAUGCACCAGAGCACAGCCCCACAGGAGCCCACCUCUCUCUGUUUGGCUGCCACGGCCAGGGUGGCAACCAGUACUUUGAAUACACAACGCAAAAAGAGAUCCGAUUCAACUCGGUGACAGAGCUGUGUGCAGAAGUACCCGAGGGACAGACCUCCAUUGGGAUGAGGCACUGCCCUAGUGAUGGAGAGACCAAACCUGCCAGUAUCACCUGGGAGUUCAGACAGGAUGGAACUGUCUACCACACACACUCUGGCAAAUGUGUGACAGCCUACCGUACACCAGAAGGCCGCUCAGACGCCCAGAUGCGCCCGUGCACACCGGGAGACAAAAACCAGCAGUGGAAGUUUGAGUGGUAGGAGGAAGAUGAUCAGAGAGAGUCGCAGGAAACCUCAAGUGACCUUCUUUCACCGUCUUCAGUGCAAUUACUACAGUGGAUGCCUCCGAUUAUUAAGUCUGUACUCUAUUUAGAAUGGGAAUGUCUAGCAAAUACAAAAGUGGUGGAAAAGUCACUUUAAGCCAAUGAAUCACCCUUUUCACUGCUUUUAUUCCCAUGUGAAGAACUAAAGAAGAGCAGGCUGCAGCAGAGUGAAUGAGAAUUGCAAGGCAAGGUUUAUUUGGUCUUUUAACAGAGGCCAUCUGAACUAGAGACUUUGAUGUCGCUUUCAUUCAAGUGCCUUAGCAACCCAAAUGGAGUCAAACGCACAUCUGAAGCAUCUUUAUUAUCUUUGUUUUGUUUUUUUAAAUCUAAUGCAAGAACUUUGAACCAGCGAAACUGAUCUGAAUAUCCAGCACACCGAGAAGUGCCUUUAAGAGAAGAAGUGAUUUGGAGAGAUCAUGCUGCACUAUAAAACCUUACCAUAAUGUGCAAUUCAUAAUUAUUAUUAUAAUUAAAUCCUUAUGAUUGUUUGUAUGUCAAAAAAACAACAAAGUGAUUUGAAGUUGGGUGGCUCAAAGACAACAUGCCAGGAAUGUGAGGUCAGCUGCUGCAUGUUGCCCCACAACAGCUACCUUUAAACAUGCUCCAUCGUGCAAAGGGAUAACAGGGAGAAACCAGUGCAGUCAUACCAGACUGCCUCCCAAUCCUAUCUCUCGUCUGCAGAGCUGGUUUCACGGCGGAAUGCUGCCCGGACAAGACUUGAAGCAUUCAUUAAGGCUUUUGUGCUAAGUGCAAUUUGUCCCAGAGAGCUAAGAGAGUCGACAGGAAUGUUGUAAUCUAUUCUUCCCUGUGAAGUAAAAUUAGGAAUACCCUCAAGACUCGUCCGUCACUGUGCUUUUUGAAGGGUUUUCAUAAUAAGAGAACUUAUUUGUGCCUAAAUGAAAUGUGCCAGUGGGUGUCAUUUCGUUGUUUCAAAACUAAAAACAACACUGACUUGAUGCACUUGAUUUUUAUUAAGACACAAAAAGCCUUCAAGGUAACACCUGUUUCUUUAAUCCUUCAAUUUGCCGUGCCAGACUGUUUUAUAAAGACUCCUGUGUGUUAACUGUACUUGAAAUGGCGUCAAAAACACUCCUGUGGGUUUUUUGUUUUUGUUCCACUGAAGGCCCUCUUUGUGUUUCUACUGGGAUUAAAGGACCAAGAGCUGCAGUGUAACUGUCGUGGAAAUGUAGCAGCUGUAUUUGCCGAAGACUGCUUAUCACUGAGCAAUGUUAGGUGUGUGUGCUCUUUCGAAGUCAUGGAUAUGAGAAAUUCAUGCCAGUCGUUGGACACAGCGCGUCAACAUGUGAGAAGUCCUGUGUUUUUUAAAUGAUCUUUGGUGUAAGGGACCAGAGUGGGAUGGAGUGCUCUUGAAAAAGGAGCUCUAAAACUACUGAUAAUGAAAAAAAGGGAUGAUGGUGAUUACUUUAUAUGAAGGAGAUGGUAACUGACAUGGGAUGGAGGUUUCUAAGAAGAUGAAAGCUUUUGGGAUGAUUGAAAGAAUAAAAAACUAACAGCAGA